AUGGCUAUUGAUCAAUUGGUUGGGUCUUGUAUGCUUGCGGUAGCUGCUUCAGUGUUCACCUAUUACACACUUUGGGUAUUUGUAUUACCCUUUGUGGAUAGUGAAAGCUUCUUACAAUUAUUCUUUUUACCCAGAGACUAUGCCAUCAAGAUUCCUAUUUUAUUGUUGUUAGUUGGUGGUUUGGGUGUUGGGUCAUUCAUUGGCAAUGUCAUGAUCAAGAAGGCUCAAAAGGAGAAGCUCAAAAAGAGUAAGAAGACCGAAUAA